AUGACUGAUAUCGCGACUCCUGAAUUUCUCAAUGAAUUACAGUCUUUGUAUCCUGCACCAGCAAAAUAUAUCGACGGCGGAUGGUAUCUAGCUGCCGCUGUAGCAUUCAGCUCGAGCAACUGUCCCGAAGCCGUCCCACGUGUACUUCGCUAUGCCCUCGAUGAUCUCGACAAGCUCCCUGACACCUCGGAUGAAGAUCGCAGGUUGCUCGUGCGGAAGAUGAGGGAGGGUAUCUUUAAGUCUGGCUUGCUCUCUGGUUAUCCCAAAGUUAUCCACGCUCUUAUUUCGCUAUAUGAAGCCACACCCGAAGAGCUUCGAGACACUGAGCCUCUGCGCGACACCACUCGAUCGAAAGAGGAAGUUGCUGUUGCUGGUCAGGCAUAUUUUGAUUUGCAAUACGGUGAUACCGCAGCGGAAGUCCAGCCCAUGCUUAAAUCCAUAUACCCAGACCUCGAACACUUCACGAUGACACUUGGGUACGGGUAUGUGUACGCCUUCUUGGAAGUGAUCUCAUCCAAGGAGACGUCAUUCGCCAUUAUCGCUGCCCUGAUCGCGAACGACACGCUUAGUCAGGUUGGAUGGCAGCUCACUGGCGCUGUUCGCAAUGGCGCAACAGUUGAGGAGGCAAGAGCUGUACGAGAGAUCGCACUUAGGAUCGCAAGCAAGGCGGGCGUCUUGAAGCAUGAUGUUCCCAACAUUUGA